AUAUGCCCAUCCCGAGAUGCCACACUUGCAUCAUUGAACUAGCUAGCUACAACCCAGGGUACCUCGAGGCAGUACAAGUACAUGUACAUGCCCCAUCUCGUGACCAACUUCGGCGCCUACAAAUGUAGAUGGCCCCCAAGGAGAUUGGACUGGAGAUGGCAGCAGAAGAGCACAGGAAUGGAUCUUCUGCUGAUAAUGCUGGAGAGGCGCGCCACAGUGUGUUGCUUCAGAGCAGCAAGGCAGGCGCUCUCAAGAGGCGAGAAUUUGUCGACAAUCUUCUCAAGUGCGUCGAGGAUGACAACCUUGGUUUCCUCAAGAGACAAAAGGAAAGAAUUGAGAGGGUUGGUGUGAAGCUGCCGGCAAUAGAGGUGACAUAUGAAAAUCUCUGCGUGGAAGCAGAAAGCGGAUACUCCGGUGGGAAUCAACUACCAACCCUGUGGAACAGCACCAAGGGUUUUUUCUGGGGUUUCAUCAUGUUGCUCGGGCUAAAGUCUGACAAAAUGAAGACAAAAAUUCUAAAAGAUGUAAGCGGAAUCAUUAAACCCUGCAGAUUGACUCUUCUACUAGGACCCCCAGGAUGCGGUAAGAGCACACUGUUACGAGCUCUUGCUGGCCAACACGAUAAAUCUCUGAAGGUUACAGGGGCUAUUUCUUACAAUAGUUACCGACUUGAUGAAUUUGUACCUGAGAAAACAGCUGUUUAUAUUAGCCAAUAUGAUUUGCACAUACCUGAUAUGACAGUAAGGGAAACUUUAGAUUUCUCUGCCCGGUGCCAAGGUGUUGGAAAUAGAGCUGAAAUACUCGAGGAGGUGAGCAAAAGGGAGAAGGUGACUGGGAUAAUACCCGAUCAUGACAUAGAUCUAUACAUGAAGGCAACCGCAGUUGCAGCUUCAGAGAAAAGCCUACAAACAGACUACAUUUUGAAGAUCAUGGGACUAGACAUAUGUGCAGACACUAUGGUUGGGGAUGCAAUGAAAAGAGGAAUCUCAGGGGGUCAAAAGAGAAGACUAACAACAGCGGAGAUGAUUGUCGGACCAGUGAAAGCUUUUUUCAUGGAUGAAAUAUCCAAUGGCUUGGAUAGCUCUACUACUUUCCGAAUAAUCAAGUGCUUUCAGCAAAUGGCAAACAUCAAUGAAUGCACCAUGCUUAUUUCACUUCUUCAACCAACUCCCGAGGUAUUUGAUCUAUUUGAUGACCUGAUAUUGAUGGCAGAAGGAAAGAUUAUCUACCAUGGCCCUCAAAACGAAGCUCGCAAUUUUUUUGAGGAAUGUGGCUUCAGAUGCCCAGAGAGAAAAGGGAUGGCUGACUUUCUCCAGGAGGUAUUGUCCAUAAAAGACCAAAGGCAAUACUGGUCUGGUACAGAUGAAUCUUACAGAUACAUUUCUUCUGAUCAAUUAUCAAACAUGUUCAGAAAAUAUCAGAAACAGAGAAAUUUUGAAGAGCCUAAUGUACCUCAGAAAAGCAAGUUGGGCAAGGAAUCUUUAUCAUUCAAAAAGUAUUCACUACCCAAACUGGAACUGUUCAAAGCAUGUGGAGCAAGGGAAACACUCCUGAUCAAAAGGAGUAUGUUUGUUUAUGCCUUCAAAACUGCACAGCUUUCUAUAGUUGCAGUCAUUACAAUGUCUGUAUUCUUCCAAACUCGUAUGACAACAGAUUUAACUCAUGCAAAUUACUAUAUGGGAGCAUUAUAUUUUUCCAUCUUCAUCAUUAUGCUAAAUGGCAUACCAGAGAUGAGCAUGCAAAUUGCAAGACUACCAAGUUUUUACAAGCAAAAAAGUUAUCAUUUUUAUCCUUCAUGGGCAUAUGCAAUACCUGCAUCAAUUUUGAAGGUCCCUGUCUCCUUGUUAUGCUCGCUUGUAUGGAUAUGCAUCACUUAUUAUGGUAUUGGUUAUACAGCUACAACUUCCAGGUUCUUCUGCCAGUUACUGAUACUUUCUCUUCUCCAUCAAUCAGUAAUGGCGUUCUAUCGAUUUGUCGCUUCUUAUGCUCAAACACAUAUUUUGUGUUUCUUCUAUGCAUUUAUUUCCCUAUUAAUCUUCCUAGUGUUUGGAGGCUGCAUUCUUCCCAAAUGUAAGACAACUAUCAUCAUAGAAGACACAUUUGCAGAGCAUCUACAUCACUUAACACUUGUUAUAUACUACCUUCAUGUUCCAGCCUCUAUACCAGGAUGGUUAAGGUGGGGAUUUUGGACAUCUCCAUUGACCUAUGCAGAAAUCAGCAUAUGCAUAAAUGAAUUCCUUGCACCAAGAUGGCAAAAGGAAACCAUGCAGAAUAAAACAAUAGGGAACCAAAUAUUGAUAAAUCAUGGCCUCUACUACAGUUGGAAUUUUUAUUGGAUAUCUGUUGGAGCCCUACUUGGAUUCAUCAUUUUGUUCUACAUGGCUUUUGGACUAGCACUAGCUUAUAGAAGGCCUAUAGAAGCAUAUUAUGGAAGCAUGACUAGAAAGUGCUUUUCUAAAAGACAGGAAGAGACUGAUAUCCAAAAAGAAUAUGAUGAUCAUGCAAACAUGACUCAAAAAGAAAAGAUGGCUAUGUCUACUAAGCAACUUGCGCUUACGUUCCACAAUCUGAACUACUAUGUUGACACACCACCGGAAAUGCUAAAACUAGGCUACCCAGCUAGAAGACUUCAAUUACUAAACAGCAUCACUGGUGCAUUCUGUCCAGGUGUUCUUUCUGCAUUAAUGGGUGCUAGUGGAGCUGGGAAGACAACUCUACUAGAUGUAUUGGCAGGAAGGAAAACUGGAGGAUAUAUUGAAGGAGACAUAAGAAUAGGUGGAUAUCCCAAGGUUCAAGAAACAUUUGUCAGAAUCUUAGGUUAUUGCGAGCAAGCGGACACACAUUCUCCACAACUUACAGUUGCAGAAUCUGUAGCAUAUUCAGCUUGGCUUCGCCUGCCUUCGCAGCAUAAUGAAAAAACAAGAUCUGAAUUUGUGGAUGAAGUCCUCAAAACUGUUGAGUUAGAUCAAAUAAAAGAUUCUUUAGUCGGGAGGCCAGGAAUAAAUGGAUUGUCCUUGGAGCAGAGGAAAAGGUUAACAGUUGCUGUCGAACUUGUCUCAAACCCAUCAGUCAUACUAAUGGAUGAACCAACUACAGGAUUAGAUGCUAGAUCAGCUGCAACUGUUAUACGUGCAGUGAAAAAUAUUUCUGAAACAGGAAGGACAGUUGUGUGUACAAUCCAUCAGCCUAGCACUGACAUUUUCGAGGCAUUUGAUGAGCUUAUAUUGAUGAAAAAUGGUGGGAAAAUAAUCUACAAUGGGCCAAUAGGAGAGCAAUCUUGCAAAGUGAUUGAGUACUUUGAGUCACGCCACGCAUGCACGCACCAACAAGUACUUCAUAGGCAUAUUGGUGACCUGAGGCAACCCCAGCAGCUGUGGCAUCAACAGCGCUUGCCGCUUGCAACUUGCCGCUAGACAGCCUUGCAUGAGAGGAGCUCAGGCUAGGGACUCCAGAUCCAGGUGGUGGCCAGUGGACGGAUGGUAGGUGAGACCACGCACGGAAGUCAGUGAUGCAGUGUGGAAAGCCAAUGGCAUCGCUGUCGUAUUGCUGGCCCUUGAGUUGAUGUGGCGUGCGCCGUGGACGUGUGAUGUUCUCUUGGCUGGCAGUGCUGCGAUGGCACACCAUGUUAGGUCGCUGUUUGUGUUUGGGUCAUGUAACAUAAUUGUUUUGGUCAUGGGAGGGAGGUAUCGCAUUGGUCGUUGAGUUCAUCAUUCAUAUGAGGUUGUUGUUUGUUGUGGUCCUGUGUUAGGUCAGUGUGUUGUUGUGCAAGCUGGGGUGGGCAUUCAGGUUUCCCAAAAAAGUUUGAGUCUGUUAAUUCGGGUUCUGAAAUUGAUACCCAAAAUUUGCCUACCCGACAUUUGGGAAUCUGAAAUUUCGAGUUCAUGUAUUUCCGAACUACCUGAAAUCAGCAAAAUGAAAUGCAUAGCAACAAAACUAUAGCACUAAGUUUAAGCAAUAAUGCAAUAGAAACUAAUGAGCUUUAGGAGCGUUUUAGAAUAGAAAACAUGAGCAUCAUAUCAUAUAUAUCAGUAGAUCCCAAUUGCAUCACAAAUUGACAGUACCAAACAGCACAAUCAAUCACAAAUACCAAAUAGCAUAUUUCCACAGUUUCAGGUAAAUCUGGUACCGGGCCCUAAACCCAAAUUACCCAAACUAAAAUCGAGUUUCUGGGCUUAUACUAUCUGAAAUAGCAAUGUAUUUCAGGGUCGGAUUCAGGUAUUGGGUCUCAGGUUUUAAUGUUGUAUGGGCACCCCUACGUGCAAGGUAGCCGCUGUUGUGAUUGUUUGAGGUCAUUGUAGCACUCAGCUAUUUGUCCAAUUGGCCUUUCCUCUCUUAUAGUCCAAUGGCAGCACACAUCUUCCAUAUUGUUUUGAGGGAAAAAAUAUAUGGAAUUUGGAAAAAUCAUAUCAUUAUGAAAAUCCACACCAAAAAAUAAUGAAGAGGACUUAAACUGGAUAGUGGGUGUGUGCAGACUGUACAUCCACGUAUACCACCAAUCAGGCCAGGCUAGUUCCAUUGAACUAACAAAUUCUGCU